AUGGGAAUUUCACUAAGUACUGCACUAGAGGAAAGCAAAGGUAACAGCGAUGACAACACGAUCUAUGGACUUCAUUUGCUGGAACGAAACGCUUUACGCAAACUCGAAGAACAGGCGUCAAUACUUCACCUAAAGGCGCUUAAUGACGAAUGCUUGCCGAUAGUGUGUGCUGUGGACAAGAAACAGACGAUAUUGUUAAAAAUUGAUGCUGUCCCCAAAAUUGACCAAGUAAGACACAGUUUAAAUGAACUACUUCGAGGAAACUACCUAGAGGAACUUGUCGUUUUGCUCACGGAAAAACUGAAGAAUGUUUUGGAAAGUGCAAAAAUGAUUGGAGACACUGAAGAAAGAUUGUUCAGGUACGUUGUAUUCGCGAACAAGAGCAUAUUGCGCUUAGAUGUUUUUGUUUAUUAUCGUUCUUUCCUCCCAAACGAAAGCCUCAAGGACUACAACAACGUCCUGGCGUAUUUCAUACAAAUAGGAUUACUGGACAUCCUGAAAGCUCGGCCACAGGUUUUAAUCUACGAAUUGACGAGAGCAACGGAAGAAGAUAAAAUUAACGAUGUCUGCAAGAAACUUAAGGCACGAGAAAAUUGUACAAGGAAACUUGGCUUCAUCCUGCAAUACAUGGGCAAAAUUUCGACAGGUAAGUACUGA